GCCUUCUAUUAUCAUGAAUCUUGUUUUUGUUUACGGCUCCUUAAAGAGGGCCCAGCCUAACUACCCUUACAUGACAGACAGUAACAAUGGAAAGGCAGAGUUUCUUGCCACAGCCGUCACCGUCCAGAAGUACCCACUGGUGAUCGCCACUAAGUACAACAUCCCCUUCCUCCUUAACCUCCCGGGACAAGGCAAUAGAGUCCAUGGGGAGAUCUACAGAGUGGACGAAAAGAUGCUGGAAUAUCUGGACUGGUUUGAGAAGGUCCCCAGCAUGUACCAGCGGACAGUUGUAGAGCUGGAAGUCAAUGAGGUGGCGGACAGAGAGGAGAAGGAGGAGAAGCUAUCACCUGGAAGCAUCACAGAGGCGUUUGUGUACAGCACCACAACCUACCAACCGGACUGGCCCUCGCUGCCGACGUACGAGAGCUACGACUCCAACGGAGAUCAUAGCCUAAAGUUUGUACUGAGGGAAGACCGAAAAUAGGCCUCUGCCCGGUGAAGUUAGAC